GCGUCCGCCGUCCGCCGGCAACCCUACACCUGCGAUACUUGCGGACGACAAUUUGGUUUAAAGUCUAGUUUAUCCUUCCACGUAUCAGUAACACAUAAGGAAUCUUAUCUUUGCGUAUGUUGCUCGGAAAACUUUUCCAAUUACUUAGAUUAUUAUCAGCACAGAAAAACGCACAAAGAGUUCAUUUGUGACGUAUGUAAUAAGGUACUAUCGACUUACGAAAUAUUAGUUGUCCAUAAGCGUAUACAUACCGGGGAAAAGCCCUACUCAUGUGAAUAUUGCGGCAAGCGGUUUGCACAACAAUCUACUUUAAAUGUACAUAUGCCUCAGCACACUGGAAUAAAAAAAUAUAAUUGUAAAAUUUGUAACGAGAACUUUACGCGUUUGUGCACAUUAAAGAGACAUCAUCAACGAAGACACACUGGAGAAAAGCCCUUCAGUUGUUCAGAAUGCCAAAAGCGAUUCAGCAGUAUGGAUUAUUUAAAAGCACAUGAGCUAAUUCACUUGAAAGAGAAGCCCUACGCCUGCGAUAUCUGUGGUAAAAAGUUUAUACGAUUAAUUUACCUGAACAUGCAUAAAGUAAUACAUACAAACCGUCAGAAAUGUUUUUCUUGUAAAGUGUGUAAUAAAAAGUACAUAUGUAAGGAUAGUUUACGAAAACAUUUCAUAGUUCACACAAGGCCCUACGCCUUCGCCUGCGACCUAUGUCCCAAGCGGUUUAAUGAGAAAUUUCUCUUGAAAAGGCACAUGUGCAUUCAUAAUGGAGAAAGACCGUAUUCUUGUAAGAUAUGUUCUAAAAACUUUAUUCUAUCAUCUCAUCUGAGAUACCACAAACAGAAAUAUCACGAAAAGAAAGUAGUCUAUGUAUGUGAUUAUUGUAAUAAGCAGAUUUUAAGGAAGGAUAGUCUGAUCUCGCAUAUAAAAUUACAUAUGGGGCAAAGAGAUUAUGCUUGUGACACAUGUCCUAAGAAGUUUGUAAGCUCAAAUCGACUACAGCUACACAAAAAGAUUCACUCAUGGGUCAAGUCAUACACUUGUGAUAUAUGCCAUCAGCAGUAUCCACGUAAGCAGAAUUUGAUCAGGCACAUCAAGCUACAUGCAGGUGAGAGACCUUAUUCAUGCGAUUUUUGUAGCAAAAAAUUCAUGUCUGUCUCCCGUAGGAACAUUCACGAAAAAAUUCACAUGGGCCUUCAUGUGAAGCGCCGCGGCGGCGGUCGCGGGAAAGAUUAUUUGUGACACUUGUCUAACAGUGCUCAGACUUGAUUAUGAUUAUACUAAAUUUAAUUUGUUCGUAUGACCAUGAGUGAUGACAACCUGACAGAAGGACGCGCGAGCAAAGUUGACGGACACCAACUAAUGGAUAUAUUCACCAGCUUCCUCGGUCCGUUCGACAGAAAUCUCGUCGGCCAACUUCAAGCGUCGUCGGCAAGCCUUGGAUGUGUUAGAUUUAAUUUUAGUAGGCCAGCCGUGUUGUGAGAUUUAAUUUUCGAGGGUGGCGUCCUGAACGUAGUUAUUUUGAUAUUUGUUGUGUGACUUACUCACUGCUGUGGUGCAGCGGCCCGAAGUGGAUCUUGGCUUCCGACAUCAAAGACCUCCAUACAUCUCUAUCCAAAGCCGUUUCGCAGUCGCCGAGUUCUCUAAUGUAUUUUGGCACUUCGUCUGUCCAGCGGUACCUAGGGUACCAUUGUGUGACAGCGACAACAAUAUAAUACUAAUAAUACUAACAUGUAGUCCCUAUAAAACGAUUUUAUAACAGCCAAUGUGGGAGCAGCAUUAGUUUUUCUUGUUCGGGCUUUGGUGAAUAGAAUAACCGCUUCCCGCUCCAUGCCCUUAAUGUAAAGUGACUGCUACCCCUUAGCACGGACACCGCAGGAUCGCCAAGUAAUCAACUGAGUACGCCCUACAAAUUCUCGCUAUGGUAGAGAUUGCAUAUAUGUGGAUUGCAUAUGUGGUGUGGUAUCUUUCACAAUAUGCAGUUUUUAGUUAUCUAAGCUCGAAAGGUCCUAUUAGUAGGAUUAAUUCCGACUUCGCCGGUUUGUCUUUGUCAAAUUGGCGAUUACGUCUACGUUCGGAGAUUUUAACACGUUUCCAUAGUUUUUUUUUUUUAACUAAAUACGCCUUGGCGUGUUUAACAAGAUUGUAAUAAUAUUUAUAAGCUCCAUAAUUGAAGUAGCGCUUACUUUCCAAGUUUUUUUAUAUUUUAAUGUUUACGAUUAGCAAUGAAAGUGCGGUCGAAAGGAAUUUGUCGCGUUACUUUUAUUCAGAUAAUAUUAUGAAACUCUCGUUUUUUUUCUUUUUAUACUACGUCGGUGGCAAACAAGCAUACGGCCUGCCUGAUGGUAAGCAGUCUCCGUAGCUUAUGUACACCUGCAACUCCAGAGGAGUUACAUGCGCGUUGCCGACUCUAACCCCAACCUCCUCGUUGAGCCCUGGCAACCUUACUCACCGGCAGGAACACAACACUAUGGUGGUUGAUAAGAAUAUAUAAAGUUCUGUUAUUAUGGUUAUCUGUUCAUUGUAGGUAGUUUAAAUCCUUUCAAGUAAAAAUUAAAUUGUAUAAAAUGCCGUUAGUUUAUCGAUGUGACUUUAUCGACAUGGCUAUCACAUUGUACAUAUACAUAUGUCAGUGAUCGCGACAUCUAUUGUCAACGAGCAGUACUGAUAAAUUCCGCUACUUGACUCUAGAUGUCGACUAAGAAUUAACUCGCGUUGUAAGAAAACUGAUGUAUGGAGUUAUAACUCUAAUGUUAAGCUACUCUCACUGACCUAAUACACAGAAACCGAUAGUCCCCAAACACGGAUAAUCGUGCCAAACGUGAAGCCGAAACACUAUCGAUGUGUGCGCGCGACGCUCGUGUCUUAACGCUCAGCAACGCAGCACGUAUACAAAAAUAUGUUAUCAGUAUUUAUUUAUUCCCGUCAGAGUAGGGGUAUUUUAACAAAAUUCUUAUACUUGGUUAAGAAUAAUUUGGAAGUGUGUAGAUUUUUAAUUUAAAAAAAAGUUUUUUAGGGUUUCAUUGUUAAAAUUAACCCUUAAAAUUUGAGUGUGAUUGGAGUACAGCUAAAAAUUUGUGGCAAUAACGCCGUCUGCAGUAUUGUCGUUCCGCAAUACUGCUGCGGCGACUGAAUUACUGCAGGAAAUGUCAAAUACAUAAUAGGUAAUUUACCUUAGGUCAGGUUACCUUACAUUAGGUGUUAGGUUGUCUCUCUAAUUGAAUCAAAUCUCACUAGACUAGACCGUAAAGUGCAAUUUGAAUACAUGAAGUAAUUAUAUUAUUUAUUAGUAAUGUUCAAUACGGUUUAAUGUGGUCGGGUGGCCGUACGUAGACCUUAUCUCAACGAGAUAAGAUUUACGCAUGGUCAGUUGUGUGUGAUGCUGUCUCACAAGAUAGAUUUAAGAUGUAUACGUAUAAGUAUGAUGCUAUGCUCAUAAUGCUACUUAACGUGUUACUCCAUUUUUAGUGUACCUAUUUAGUUUAAGAUUAUUUUAGAGCGAACCGCCAAUAAACUGUUUCACAGGUGGUUGAGAUUAAGGUACUUACAAUAUUGUAUUUUUUUGUAAUUUUUUUAAUAAAUCCUUAUAAAAAACUAUCAAA